CGCCCAGAUAUUAAUUUUAGGAAUCAAUAAGCGAGGGUUAUAAACAAAACGUUGUUAAGCAUCUUUUACUUGGGAAAAAACCUACUAAAAGCGCAAAAUGGGAGACAUACAGAAAAAGAUUGAAGACCAUAUUAGUUCUAAGAAAGUGUUUAUCAUUUCGAAAUCAUAUUGCCCUUUUUGUACUAAGGCCAAGAAAAUAUUUGAGGAAAAGUACUUGAAAACUGGAAUAUUAUCAUCCGAUGAUUAUAUGGUUUUAGAUAUUGAAAAUGAUCCGAAUUGUGAUAAAAUUCAAGAAUUUAUGUCAAAAUUGACAGGUGCUCGCUCUGUUCCUAGAGUAUUUAUCAAUGGUAAAUGUAUUGGUGGAGGCGAUGAAACUGCUCAACUUGAAAGUCAGGGCAAAUUAAAAGCUCUGUUACAAUAAUAAUCAUGUAACAUGGAUUACCACUGAAGAAUGGAAGCUCGAAAAGAAUUUUUAAAACAUUGAUAUUUGGUUUUAUAUAAAUUUAAAUGAUAUUGAAAUAAAGAAAAUUGAUAUUAAAAAGCUGUAUAUCAAGUUCUAUUUAUUUGAUUCUAAUAUCAUUUAUACAUUCCGUAAAAUUUUGAUAAUUUUAUUACGGUAUAUGAUUAAAAUUUGAUUUUUUGAAUUCUUUCAAACAUUUUA